CUCGCCGUGGAUGAGGCGCACCAGCCCGAAGUGCACCGAGCCGCGGUAACGGCCCGACACCAGGUCGUGCGAGAACAGCAGUCGCUGCGAGCCGGCUUCGGGGCCGGAGUCUGAGGACGGCCCGGAGCUGCCUGAGCCCUGCUGGCUUUGUCCUGCAUGGGGUCACGUGGAUGAGGACAGCGGAUUAGAGCUCUGAGAACAUCACAUGCUGCUCAGUGACACCUGCUCCAGCAGCACACAGUCAGGAGUCCUGAUUGUCCUGCUUUCUGAGCCCGUGGAUGGUCCUGGGGUGACUGGCCCCUACUUCCCAUCCUGGUGUUGGGAGUCCCUCUGGGCUGCAGGAACCACUGCUGAAGCUGAGGUGCCAGGGGCCAGGAUGUCCACACAGGGCAGCCACCACUUGAAGCCUGUGACCCUGUGCCUGGCCCCCCAGUCUGUGGUGUCUCCAAGCUGUCAGCGACGCCACACACUUCCUGCCAGUGAGUUUCGCUGCCUCACACCAGAGGAUGCUGUGGGCGUGUUUGAGAUUGAACGGGAAGCCUUCAUUUCCGUUUCGGGUGUCUGUCCCCUGUACCUGGAUGACAUCCGCCACUUCCUAACUCUGUGUCCAGAGCUGUCCCUGGGCUGGUUUGAGGAGGGCCGGCUGGUGGCUUUCAUCAUUGGCUCAUUGUGGGAUGAAGAGAGACUCACUCAGGAGUCACUGACGUUGCACCGGCCCGGAGGCCACACGGCCCACCUGCACGUGCUGGCUGUGCACCGUGCCUCCCGGCAGCAGGGCAAGGGCCCUGUGCUGCUGUGGCGCUACCUGCACCACCUGGGCAGCCAGCCCACCGUGCGCCGUGCUGCGCUCAUGUGCGAGGAGGCGCUGGUGCCCUUCUACCAGAGAUGCGGCUUCCUCUCCGUGGGCCCGUGUGCUGUGGCUGUGGGCCCACUGACCUUCACAGAGCUCCAGUGCUCCCUGCGGGACCAGGCCUCCCGGCGCAGGAACAGCGGCUGCUGAACCCACGAACCCGAACCUGGGCUGGAGGGACCUGCGGCACUGAGGCUGGGGCUGAGACACACCUUUUUUGUGCUACACUGAGCCAGAGAGGGGAUGGGUCCCAGGUGUCUGCCCCUGCCUCAGCUACUUCAUUCUUGGGGGCCAAACGGAGAGGGAGGUGGAGAAGUGGGGGUGCUCAGGGGCCACCUCCCCACUGUUUUGGCCACCUUGAGCUCAGCUGUGGACACCCUGCACCCUCAACAUACAAAGGGGUUCUGCCUAUCAGGGGUGGGAUGAAGCGCUGGGGGUAAGGUGGACGGCAGUGAAGGGAUCUGAGUCCUAGCUGGAGAGAAAACCAGUGCUGAGCUUCCUACUCCCAACUGGGAGCCCUUCACUGCCCUACCAGCAGGUGGGGCGGGGACAUCAAAGGGCUAAGCAUUUAACCUGUUCCUUUCCGGGUCCCUUCUUGAAACUCCUACACCUGUUUUCAACCAACCCGUCCCCCUCAGAGGUUCUACGGGAUCCCCCUGCUCUCCCCACUCAAAACUGAGCCCCCACCCCUCCCCCAAAUAAAGUUCCAGCUUUCAUUUACCUGA